AUGACCAAGCUGAUAACAGAGACACCUGACCAGCCAAUCCCAUUUCUAAUUGACCAUCUUCAGUCCAAACAGGGGAACCGCAGUCAGCUUCAGAGAACGUUGUCUGGCUCUGCUGCCCUUUGGGCAGAGAGUGAAACAUCAGAAAAUAAAGGAACAAGGAGAGAUUUUAGAAGUUAUGAUAAACCUUGGCAGGUAAAUGCAAAAAAGCCUAAAAAGUCAAAGAGCGACCUUGCUGUGUCCAACAUAUCUCCACCAUCACCGGAAUCCAAGUCAUUGCCAAGGUCAAUAGAGCAUCCUAAAUGGGAUUGGAGGACAAAACCGGAGAACCAUGAUUUUGAUGAACUAAAUCAUAUUCUUCAAGAGAGCAAAAAACUUGGAAAAGCCCUUGAGAAUCUGUCUCGCAGCAUUGCUAUUUCUGAUGAACUUGAUAAGGACACAACAGGCUUUAACACCCCCCUUCUCAGACCUCGUGUGAUUGGAGAAUGGAUUGGUCGUGAAGAGAAUGAUGCUGACCCACUGGCUGCUGAGAUGCUGCAGCCACCAAUACCAAGAAAUAAAAAUGAGCAGUGGGACAGUGAGGAUAGCAGCAGUCCUGGAGGAAGCUUAAAAAUGGAGCCGAAGACCAAAGGACUAAAACAACAACAGCAGCAACAUAAGAAACUGCUGGCUGCCAUGCUUUCUCAGGACUCUUUUGAUUCUGCUCAAAGCACAGCUCCAUCGGUAACCGAAGAAGAUAUUGACAAUGAAGAUGAUGCAAUGGAACUGCUGGAGGAUCUUGAUGAUCUAAGAAUGGAAGGAGUAACAAGUGUGAUGCCUUCUGGGAGCAAAUUCAAUCAAACUCGAAGUGCUCAUAUGGCUGAGCCUCAAGCAAAGGUCACAUUGAAUAUCUGCGCAAGAUGUGCCAGAUUGCAAGGAGAUAAUUUGGCAGAAAGGCCAGAAGAUGUCUCCAUGAUAUCUCAAACAUCUGAGCCAGCAGUGUCAGACUCUGAGGCUCAAGUACCCGGGGUUGAAACACUUACGGAAGAUAUUGAUGAAUUUCAGAGUACCUCUCUAGUGGCAGGAUCUUCUCAGACAGUUUGGACCCUGGAUGCCAUGGAUGUCAGACCUGGAGGUUCCCCAAGGCAGAAACUCUUAAAGGACUCCUUAGCAGCAAAAGAACUUCAGACCAUGGAAAAACACCUAGCUGAUAUUGAGAAGGACCUAGCACUAUGGGAAGAAGCAAGGCUCUCAAGAAGCCCUACUGUCCAACAUCAUAAUUUAGUUACAUCUGACCAUCAAGGAAAUCUUCAAGCUACACAGGGCCAAAAUCCAAGGCCUCAGGUGCAAACUCAGACAGGGAAGAACAUUCAGCUCCAAGGAAACAAAUCACCACCGCUGCCCACCAACAGCAGAACACUGGUCUCCAGUGUUGCAAACAGUAGGCCUCCAACGCCUGGUACACAAACCAACAGGCCACCAACUCCAUCAACUCCAGGGAGUAGGCCUGUGACCCCGAAUAGCUUGCUGUCCCGGCCUCUUACCCCUAGCAACCAAGGAAAUAGGGAAGGCAUCAUUAGUAUGCAAAGAAGCAGAUCUUUGACAUCUAAGAGCCAAAUGGGGAGGACCCUCAGCGCUGCUUCAGGGCUUUCUGUGCAAAUGAGUGGAGACAUUGUUGGAACUGUCACUACUCAGAGAAGCAGUUUAUCAGAAGAUGAAUUCUUACAACAGCUUCAGCUUGCUCAUCAACCUUGGAUAUUGCCGAGUGACACCGAAAGUGAAGGAGUGGAAGCUGACCAAGACAAAUAUAAUUCAGUCCUGUGUUGUUGCUCACCCCUCUAG